AUGAACAGUAAUAAUACCCACCAGGAUACUCCUCCGUCGAUUUCGAAGAGAAGAGGGAAACAGUGUGCCGUUUACGGCUGUCACAACAGCUAUUACAAUGACAAGGGGCUCUUCGCCGGUUACCAUUUUUUCAGUUUUCCAACCGACCCCAAGACCAGAAAUCGCUGGUGUAACCUUAUAAAGCGGCAACAUGGAAAGGAUGACUUCAAUGUAACUGCUGCAACUGUUGUUUGCAGUGAACAUUUUAGACAAGAAGAUAUUAUAAGAAAAUUGACCCGCAGGUACUUAAAGAAAGGUGCUGAGCCAUCUCAAUUUUCAUGGAGCGUGCCAAAAAAGUCUCGAAAAGCUCCUUCAAGGCGAACUCAGACUAAAGUAGUUUUAGCUCAGGAAAUGGAUGUUGUAGACUCCUCGGAAGUCACUGAAGACGCAAUAAUCAUAUCAAUGUCACCUGAAAUAGUUUCCACCGCAGUCAGCAGCAGUCAAUGUUCAAAUUCAUUAGCUAAUGAUCUGGAUCGAGCUGAAACCUCUAAAGGCAAUGUUGUUGAACAACUUCAGAGGCAUAUUACAUUACUGGAACUAAAGUUAGCUGAUCGUGAAGAAAAGUUGGCAGAGAUGGAAAAAGAGAAUGAGAUUUUUCUAGGGCGCCAAUUUUCCUUAGACAAAAUAAAGGAUGAUAAUUCAGCAAUCCUAUUUUACACUGGGUUUCCUUGCUAUGAAGCACUGAUAAGUUUUUUCAAGUAUCUUGAGCCAAAAUUGGGGAAAAUGCAGUACUGGAAAGGAGAACACUUAGUGAGAGAGAGCCAGCCUUAUCAAGAGGAUGAAAAUAGAAAUAAGCCUGGACCUUCCAGGAAAUUAACAUUUCUUGAUGAAUUUCUUUUAGUAUUGAUGCGACUGAAGGCUGGAUUAUUCGUGCAGGACCUUGCAGACAGGUUUGGUGUUAGUACAAGCCUUGUGUCCAGAAUAUGUAUAACCUGGAUCAAUUUGUUGUACUUGGAACUCAAAGACCUUUUCUCUUUUCCAUCACAAGAGUUGGUACGCAAAAACAUGCCAGAUGAGUUUGCCGAGUUUGCAACAACUAGAAUAAUAUUGGACUGCACGGAGAUAUUAAUUCCGCGUCCCUCUGCCAUGCUUGCGCAGUCUGAAACUUGGUCAGACUACAAGCACCACAAUACUUGGAAGCAACUUGUGGGAAUCACUCCAAAUGGGCAAGUCACCUUUCUUUCGGACCUCUGGGGUGGGCGGGUGUCGGACAAACAGAUAAGCAGAGAAAGUGGAGUGCUAGAUUUAUUGAAUAGUGGUGACAAUGUUAUGGUUGACCGUGGCUUCGACAUAAAGGACAUUGUACCUGAUGGUGUCACGGUUAAUAUGCCCCUUUUUUUAGCCGGACGAGAUCAACUGACUGCAUCAGAGACAGAGAAAACUAUGACCAUCGCCUCUGUGCGAAUACACGUGGAGAGGGCAAUCGGUAGGAUCAAGACUUACCAUAUUUUGGAUGGGAACUUACCCAACACUUACGCAACACAAAUAGCCACAGUAUGUGGACUAUUGACAAAUUUUCUUCCUCCAUUGCUGCCCCCUGCAAAACCAAAACCCUAA